AUGCCCUCUUUCAAUAUUGUCGACGAAACCACACGAGUCCCACAGAGACUCUCUCGAGAACGAUCCAACCGAAUCAAACGUUAUGGCCCAUUGCCAUCCAACCAUUCAUGUGCCUGUGUGUACAAGACUGGAAUUCGUCGUGUCAGACGAGAAAUGAACACUAAUAACUUUUUACAGAAUUACUUUGAACAGAGAGUGGGUGAUGACUUUUUAAGAUAUGAAUGUGGUGGAGGAGGUUCAAGUUUUGUGAUCGAUUCUGCUUCUUCCGGCAUGAACACUCACGUGUUGUCGACACGAAAGAAGAAGAAGAAAACCCAAUCAACACUAUGUUCUUCAUCGUCCUUGUCAUCUUCUUCAACAGUGAAUACGAUCGAGCCAGUAAUGUCAUCCACUUGUUCAUUUCCAAAUUCGGUUGUUGAGUCUCACAGAAUGAAAGACGCAUUGUCAUCUUCUUCCGCCGUCGUCUGCUCCAACACGAUCAUUUCCUCUUCGCUUUUGAGCCACUCAGAGUCGAAAAACGACAAUACGACCAUUCAAACCAUGACUCAUGGUUCUUUUCAACCACUUCUGCCUCAACAACAAGUCAUGUCCUCACCACAACAACAAGAAGAAGAAUCCUCAUGGUCCUUGUGUCCAGAUAAACGAUCGACAGCAAGUAGUUGCGGUAGUAAUAGUACCAUUUCACCUCGACAAGUGUUCACACCUCAGAGUUCCAGCCCCGCACAUGAAAUCUGCUCCGAUCGCAACCCUUCAUGCUUUAAAGAUGAAUCCAUCAUGAAAUGUUGUUGUUGUUGUUACGAUGACUUGAAUAGGGAAAUCGCCACUUCGACGACUACGACAUCAUCACCAAUGAUCACUCAGUGGACAAUCAACAACUUGCCUCCACAUGUUAUGAACACAAUGUCAUCCACAACGUCAAUCUCUCCUUCUUCUCAAACCAUUCAAACCUCCUCCUCUACCUUCCACACACCACAAACGACAGCAUGUAUUGUUUCAAACAGUGGUCCAAAGAGUGUCAUGUUGCCACCGUUGCCCUAUUCUUCGAGCGAUCCAUUGCCACAUGAACUACAGCACAUCAUGCCAUGUCUGUCAAAUUCCAAUGACCAUAAUGAUGAUGGUGAUGAUUCUGAGAAUGAUUCCUCUAACAAUGCCAGAAUUGUUUGUGAGAGUGGAAAUGUUCACAUUCAUUGGGGUGAUCAAUUCUUUCGCAAUCUUUUUGACACACUUCAUGGUUGGCCAACAAUGGAAAAGAUUCAUACCGAGUAA